AUGCUAAGAGUGUCAGUGAAAUCAUCAUUUACUAAGAUCCCAAGGAGAUUCGCUUCUACUAAAAGUAGUAAAGUAAUUGGUAUUGACUUAGGUACUACCAAUAGUGCUGUUGCCUAUAUUAGAGAUGUGAAAGAUAAGAAAUCGGCCACAAUUAUUGAGAAUGACCAAGGACAAAGGACGACACCAUCAAUCGUUUCGUAUAGUGUGAACCCUACUUCUAAUAAGAUAGAGAAAGUUUUGGUUGGGUCACUGGCCAAGAGACAACAAAUGAUUAACCCUGAGAACACUUUUUUCGCAACAAAACGAUUAAUUGGUCGUUCUUUUGAUGAUGAUGAAGUUCAGAGAGAUAUGAAAACAGUCCCCUUUAAGGUAAUGAAACAGAGUCCGACCAGUGAUGCUGUGUCCCUGAAGAUAAGUAACGGAGAGUUAAAAUCGCCCAAAGAUAUUGGUGCAGCUAUCUUAUCAUAUCUGAAGACUACUGCUGAUGAAUACUUAAAUGAAGAAAUCGAUAAAGCUGUCAUUACCGUUCCAGCCUAUUUCAAUGACUCGCAAAGACAAGCUACAAAGGAAGCUGGGAAACUCGCAGGUUUAAAUGUCUUAAGAGUAGUGAAUGAACCAACUGCUGCAGCUCUAAGUUUCGGAUUAGAUGACAAAAUGAAAGAAGGUGAACGAAAGAAUGGUUUAUUGGCCGUCUAUGAUCUUGGUGGUGGUACAUUUGAUAUUUCCAUUCUCGAUAUUGAGGACGGAGUAUUUGAAGUUAGAUCUACUAAUGGUGAUACACAUUUAGGUGGAGAAGAUUUUGAUAAUGUUGUUGUUAGACAUCUUUUAAACAACUUUAUCAGUCAAAAUAAUAAAAAUAAAAAAUUAUCAUUGCAAAUAUUACUUGAAAAUAGAGCGUUAAUGCAAAGAUUGAGGGAUGCAGCUGAGAAGGUAAAGAUUCAAUUAUCCCAUGUUAAAUCUGCUAUAGUAGAUAUCCCUUUCCUAUACGACAAUUUACAUCUACAUUUAGAAAUGGAAGAAGAAGAACUAGAUAAAAUGACAUUACAUUUAAUCAAUAAGACAAUACCACCAGUGAAGAAAGCAUUACGAGAUGCAGAUAUUGAGACAGAAGAUAUAGAUGAAAUUAUUAUGGUAGGUGGUAUGACUCGUAUGCCUAAGAUUAGAAAGACUGUAGAAGAUUUGUUUAAUAAGAAACCGAACACCUCAGUGAACCCUGAUGAAACUGUAGCUAUUGGUGCAGCUAUCCAAGGUGGUAUCAUAUCUGGUGAAAUUAAGGAUGUGUUACUAUUAGAUGUCACUCCAUUAACAUUGGGUAUUGAAACUAUUGGUGGUGCAUUUUCUCCAUUAAUUCCAAGAAAUACAACUGUGCCUGUCAAAAAAACUGAAAUUUUCUCUACUGGUGUAGAUAAUCAAACAGGUGUAGAAAUAAAAGUUUACCAAGGUGAAAGAGGAUUAGUACGUAACAAUAAAUUAAUUGGCAAUUUCCAGUUAGCUGGGAUACCACCUAUGCCAAAAGGUAUGCCCCAAAUAGCAGUAACGUUUGAUAUUGAUGCAGAUGGUAUUAUUAACGUUUCUGCCUCUGAAAAGAGUAGUGGUAAAGAGAAAUCAAUCACUGUGGUAGCAAACCAAGGUCUCACUGAACAAGAGAUUAAUAAAUUGGUUGAAGAAGCAAAUGAAAACCGUGAUUCGGACAAUACGAUAAGAAAGAGACUUGAAUUAAUUACUAAGGCAGAUAUCAUGAUUAGUGACACAGAGACAGCAUUCGAAAAGUAUAAAGAUACGAUAUCUACCGAUCCUCAAUACGGAGAAGUCCUCAAUGAAUUAAAGGCUCUAAGGGUAAUGAUUGAUACAUUUAAGAAGGAAGAGAAUAACACAAAGUUAGAUGUAAACGUGAUCAAACGAUCCACUGAUGCUCUCCAGAACAAAGCUUUCAAGUUGUUCCAAAGAGUCACAACAGCAUCCCAAAAGAAAUAG